CCCGUUGGAGCAUCCUGAUGGGUGAGGAGGCGGCGGCGGGGGCGGCGAACACGGCCGCACGCCCGCCCGCCCGCCCCUGGCACCGGGAUGUGGAGGGAGUGAGAGGAGAUCCACGCCCUGGGUCUGACUGUUGGGAGGAGCGCUGGUCUCGACUAAGAUGAACAAGAGUUUUAGAACGAAGUCCAAAAAAAAAAAGAAAAAAAAGAAAAAGAAAAAAGAGAGAGAGAUGGCAACAGUUUGGGGGUACUCUGAUGUCUGAAGCUGCAGCAGCUGUGUUUUAAGCGAAUCCUUUAGGCUUCCGUUGUCAGCUCUUGCAGGACUGGACUUUUGAAAAAUUUCAACCAUGACUAAAAGAGAAGCGGAGGAGCUGAUAGAAAUUGAGAUCGAUGGAACAGAGAAAGCAGAGUGCACGGAGGAAAGCAUUGUUGAACAAACCUACACACCAGCUGAAUGUGUAAGCCAGGCCAUUGACAUCAAUGAGCCAAUUGGCAAUUUAAAGAAGCUUCUAGAACCAAGACUACAGUGUUCCUUGGAUGCACAUGAAAUUUGCCUGCAGGAUAUCCAGCUGGAUCCAGAACGAAGUUUGUUUGACCAAGGAGUUAAGACUGAUGGAACUGUACAGCUUAGUGUACAGGUAAUUUCUUACCAAGGAAUUGAGCCGAAGCUAAACAUCCUUGAAAUUGUUAAACCUGCGGAGACAGUUGAAGUCGUUAUUGAUCCAGAUGCUCACCAUGCCGAAGCAGAAGCACAUCUUGUUGAGGAAGCUCAAGUGAUAACCCUUGAUGGCACCAAACAUAUUACAACCAUUUCAGAUGAAACCUCAGAACAGGUCACAAGAUGGGCUGCCGCGCUGGAAGGUUACAGGAAAGAACAAGAACGCCUUGGGAUACCCUAUGAUCCUAUACAGUGGUCUACAGAUCAAGUUCUGCAUUGGGUAGUUUGGGUAAUGAAAGAAUUCAGCAUGACUGAUAUAGACCUCACCACGCUCAACAUUUCAGGAAGAGAGUUAUGUAGUCUCAACCAAGAAGAUUUUUUUCAGCGGGUACCUCGGGGAGAAAUUCUCUGGAGUCAUCUAGAGCUUCUUAGAAAAUAUGUAUUGGCAAGUCAAGAACAACAAAUGAAUGAGAUAGUAACAAUUGAUCAACCUGUGCAAAUUAUUCCAGCAUCAGUGCAGUCUACGACACCAACUACAAUUAAAGUUAUAAAUGGUAGUGCAAAGGCAGCUAAAGUACAAAGAGCUCCAAGAAUUUCAGGAGAAGAUAGAAGCUCACCUGGGAACAGAACAGGAAACAAUGGCCAGAUUCAGCUGUGGCAGUUUUUGCUAGAACUUCUAACUGACAAGGAUGCACGAGACUGCAUUUCCUGGGUUGGUGAUGAAGGCGAGUUCAAGCUUAAUCAGCCUGAACUGGUUGCGCAAAAAUGGGGACAACGUAAAAAUAAACCUACAAUGAACUAUGAGAAACUCAGUCGUGCAUUAAGGUAUUAUUAUGAUGGGGACAUGAUUUGUAAAGUUCAGGGCAAGAGGUUUGUGUACAAGUUUGUCUGUGAUUUGAAGACUCUUAUUGGCUACAGUGCAGCAGAGUUGAACCGCUUGGUCACAGAAUGUGAACAGAAGAAACGAGCAAAAAUGCAGCUCCACGGAAUUGCCCAACCAGUCACAGCAGUAGCCCUGGCCACUGCUUCCCUGCAAACAGAAAAGGAUAAUUGAAACCCGGGAGCUUCUGGGAGGUCAAGGUCUUUCGUAAAUAUUAGAGCAAGUAUUGCUCUCACCUUUAUUACUGAAUUUGAAUCUUCUUUUAUUUCUAGACUGUACAAUCUGAUGCAUGAUUUUUUUAUAAAUAUUUCAUACUCUUGUGAAUUUGGAUCUUUUUACUUUGAGCAUAUAUUUUAGAAUAUAUGUAUGUUAAAGGAUCACCACAAUGUCUUCAGUGCGAAGGCAAGGUAAUUGUGGGAUAGUUUGUUAACAGUCAGGAAAGCUAAACUGGUCAGUAUUAAUGUCUAGCCCUACCAAAAAUAGCCAGUAGCAUCUUGAGGAUGAAAAAUAAAUGGAAGUAUCUCCAGGAAAUAGUCUGGCUUAACUAUUUUUGAGAAUAGAACUUUUUCUUCUCUGCUGCGUUAGAUGUUGCUUUACCUAGAACCAGGAAACUUUUCACAGCUGAAGCAUGUGUGCCUGCAUCAUCUAAUCAAGCAGAGCUAAAAUAUUCAUAUCGAAUAAAAGUAUAAUAAUUACUAAGCUAAGAGUAUCAAGUUAUUAAUUUAUAUAUUUGCAAGCAAAGGACAAUAAGAAUUUGACUGGCAGAAGAGCAUUGCUGAAGAAGGAGAUCCAAGUUUCAAUCUGGCUUAACUUAAGCCAAUUUUAAGGAUUUUCUGUGUAGACUCAUCAUAAUGUCAGACCAAGAAUUUAAAUUAUUUUAUGAGAGGCAUUUAAUUCUAAUAAACCAACUAUUAAAAAAUUCUGAAAUGAUCUCUGUUUUUCCUGUCAGAGAUUUAAAAAACUAAAAAGGUAUAUACCUCAACCAGAAAAUAAAAGUUUGGUUUGGUAUGGCUUUCUUUUGGUUUUUGUUUGUUUGUUUAACUUAGCUUGUAGUGCUGGUUUACUAUGCAAAACAGCUUAUAUAUCCAUUGUUUUUCUUAUGAAAUAAAAACUUAAUUGGCUGUGCUUUUACCUCUUAAGAUACUACAAAAUCAUUUGCAAAUAGAUUUAAAGGGAAAUUUUGACUCUCAGCAUAAGCAGUCUUCUCUUAAAAUUUCCCACUUAAUUAUUUCCCUUUGCAUAUUCUAUAUGUGUGAGCAUACAAAUAUCUAUUUCCAUGUCCGAGUGAUUGCCCUGUGCACCUGUAUACCCACCCACACAGGAAGACAUAAUAAUGUUCAAAAGGAAACAUGUUUCAAAAGAUAAUAUUCAUUUAAUUCUUUAAUUCCUAUAAACACAAAACUAUUUCCAUAAGCUAACACUAAAUAGAAAUGGCUAGAAAGUUAUUUGUUGUUCACUUGCUUGCUUACUUGCUUUUUUUAAAAAAAAAUUGUUGUUGUUUAAGGUAUUAUGUGCAAAUUAUGAGAUACUGGCAAAUAGCUUUUCAUACUCCCAUACCAGAAGAUUAAUUCUCAAAUACUCAUGCACCUUCUCCUUCAUCAUUUUCUGUAAAUCCCCCCCCAAAGCUCAGUUAAUGUGCUUUAUUAAGAGGAUGGGGCCAUGGUAAUGCAGUGGCAUAGUCAGCAGGUGCGCCCUAAGUGGCACUAGUACUAGGAGUACUAAGGAAUGCUUUGGGAUGAACCAUAUGGGCCGGGUAAAGUGCUGUGCUAUGUAGGACUACUGUGUAAUCUUUGUUAUAUUACUGUAUUGACUCCGUUAAGACUGCAGUAGUACCUGAAAAGAAUAAAAUUUGUAACUUCAAUUUUUACUUUUUUUUAUAAAAAAUAAACUGAUAAAUUAUUAGUAUCAUUUGGCUGCUGUGAUUGCAGUGUUACCUGAAGCAGAGUAGCAGUAUGAGUAAUAUGUAAACGUCCUAGUUUCAGGUACAAAUAGCUAAAACAGGUUUUACACCAUCGUCUUAUGGCCUGAGAAAGUUAAGUCUUUUUUUUUUUUAAAUAACAAAAUAUAUUCUUGUAUGUUAUUAAGAGUAUACAACUCAGUUUUUCUUCUUUUUUUUUUUCUUGGGUGCUCAGGGGUUCCUCCUCACCCUGCUCAGGUAUCAUUCCUGGCGGUGCUUGGGGAACCAUAUGGGAUGCCGGGGACCAACCCCAUAUCAGCUGCAUGCAAGGCCAGUGCCGUGCCCUCUUUACCAUACCUCCGGCCCAAGAGCCUAAAAAUCUUAACUUAUUUUGAAAUCCUUUUGGAGAGACAUUUCAGACAUUCCAAUAAAGUCAUUGCUAAGAAGAUAGUCCCUUUAUGUUGUAAUUAUUUCUCCAUAUAAGAAUAGAUUUUUUGUUUCCUAUAAAACAUUUUUUCCCUUCAAUAAGUAAUUCUAAUUUUUUUUAAAACCAUACUUUUUUUUCUUCUCCCCACCCGCACUUUUGACAGAUUGUAUUUUAUUCCUUCAUUAUAAUUUGAACAGUUUUGUAUUAUCCUGUACUGUUCCGUUCUGACCAUUAUUUUCUAUUUCAUAAUGUAGAUAAUUAGACUGAUUUCCUCAGUUGAUGCAAGAAAUGUCCAUUACUUUGCUUCAAAUUGUAAAACAUUUCUAUUUUCCUUAACUAAGAUUAAAAGUACCAUAAACCCAGGCAGUCAUUUCUUUUACUAAACAAUGCGAAGAUUUCAUUUAUGUUAUUCAUUCUUAGCUUUUUAUGAAUGAAUUUUCAAUUUGGAAAUUUAUACUCCAGGAAAGAAACGAUCUGGUCACCUUUGUACCUUACAAGUACAAGAACAGAUUUCCACUUUUGUUUUAAACACUUGUUUUCCUUAAGAUGUUCUCAUGAGCCAACUUAGAUACAUUCAUAUUGCUAGCCUGACAUUUGGAAAUAUGUAUAUCAGAAAAUCAGACAAAUUUUGCUGAAAUGCUGUGUGAGGUUGAUCUUACAUGAUUCACCUCAUCACAUUCAUUUCUGUCUCAACUGUCAAUUAGGAAAGAAUUUUUUUUCCCUUUCCUGAUUAGUGGUAAAAACUUAAUGAUAUUUCUUUAAAGGACUGUGCCUCCAAUUAUUUUUGGUGAGAUAUGCUGUUUUCCAGUUAUCAUUUUAUGCUACUGCCUUUUAAAAAGAACUAGUGUAUCUUUGAAAUAGCACAAAAGAGGUUUUAAAGUUCAUAAUUGCAAGAUAACCUGUGACUAACUUGAUGUCUUCAGAUCUAGAGGGUGUAAAAAUACUGAUAUUUCAGUGAUAUUUCACUUGCUGCCAGAAAAUAUUCUGAAUCUUUUGUAAAAGGGAGAAGGAAUUUUGCAUACAUUUUUACUCUUUAAAUAAAGACACUUAUACUGUCAUAGUAACAAUUAUGUAUUUCUUUGUGGUUUUUAUUUUUUUGUAAUUUUACAUAAGACAGUUAUUUUCUAUUUUUACUCAGAUAAAAAUAUUUGUGCAUAAAAUGUAAAAAAAUAGCAAAAUGAGAAAAAUAAAACUAUUAUACAGUA